AAUCCUAGUUACCAACAAAUGGAUAGUAUAUCCAAGCACCCAAACACAUCCGCUACAAAUAGCCACAAAUUUCUCUACUACACCCCCAAGAGCAAAACCUUAAACCUCUCUCCUCUUCUCAAAAAUGGCUAUCCUCCAAACCAACACACUUUCUCACCCAGUUCCUUCAUUUCCACCCAUCUUUUCUUCAUCGAAAAUCCAUUUUCAAAACUCACUAUUCUUUUUUACCACAAAGAUCAGACCUUUCUCACUUUCAACACAACCAAGAAAGCUGCUUUGCAAACCCCCACUUGGCAAAUAUGUCAGAGAAGAUUAUCUUGUGAAAAAGAUGUCAGCUCAGGAAGUUCAGGAGCUAGUAAGGGGGGAGAGAAGUGUACCUAUAAUUAUUGAUUUCUAUGCAACAUGGUGUGGACCCUGUAUUUUGAUGGCUCAGGAACUUGAAAUGCUAGCAGUGGAGUAUGAGAAAAAUGCAAUUAUUGUCAAAGUUGAUACUGAUGAUGAGUAUGAAUUUGCACAUGAUAUGCAGGUUAGAGGGUUGCCUACUUUAUUCUUCAUCAGCCCUGAUCCUAACAAAGGGGCAAUCCGCACUGAAGGCCUCAGUCCAAUACAAAUGAUGCGGGAUAUCCUAGAUAAUCAGAUAUUAGAAGGACAAGACUGAUUAUUUGCUGCUAAAAGGAAUUAAGUUACUGAGUUUUGCUUCAAAGUGUUAAUACAUAUUUUCUUGGUGCCUAUUUGAUGCAAAAUGUAGUUCAAGAAGUUGUAUAAUUUUCUAACCAACUUUGAAUGCAGUUAAACAAUUUUUUUGGUGUAUAGACGGCAUGGCAAGGACCUUUCUUUUUCAAAGGAUUCUAAGCUAGUAUAAAAGGAAAUGCAUUGAAAAAUUCAUGUGACAACUGUCAAUGAAACUAACAACAAAUUUCAAAUUGUUGGUCAAAAUUUUUAUUGAACCGAUAUGAAAAAUACUUGCUAAAUUGAUGAAAACUGAAGUUGCUAUCUGUUAGGUUCAAUAAACCAAAUCCACAAAGUCCACAAGGGGAAGAUGAUUCAACUGUCACUUGUCUCGUAUGUUACACUCAGAUGACAUUUGGUAGGUUAAAGGUGAAGCCUUCCCCCAACUCUUCUGUCGCUCCUAAGGCACUUGUCUACCCUCGAUUGUCAUCGGCAU